AUGGAAAUCGUUCAAGAAUUAUCCAGUCAAUAUGUUCUGUAUAUUCCUGUAGCUUUAGUAAUCGUUGGAGCUAUUUUGGUGUUCACUUUUGGUUUUAAAUCUGCCGAACAACCACCCUUCGACAAAUUAUCUUUUGACGAUAGAAAAUCUGCUGGGAAAAAGCGUAAAACUAAGGAAAAGAAACCUACUGCUAAUGGUCACAUUAGCAGUGCAGAUCAAAAAUCAGAUAAAUCCCCAUCAAAGGAAUCCAAGAAGUCCCCCCAGAAAGAAACAGUUGAAGCAAAACAAGAAAAGAAGGAGAAGAAACUAGAGAAACAAAAUGAAAAGCCUAAAAAACAGGAAAUCAAAAAGACAGAGGAAAUCAAAAAUAAGAAAAAUUUAAACAAAGCAUCAGAGAAACCAGUAGAUUUUGAUGAUGGCAACUGGGAAACAGUACCUCUUAAAUCUGAUAAAAAGAAGAAAGACCAAUCACCAGUUAAAAAAGAUAAAAAAUCAUCCAAAAAAGAAAAAGAAGUGAAAGAUGCGAGAGCUGAUAAAAUAGAAAUGGACAAGCUUGUUAAAGAAGUAGUCAACAAGGAAAUUAAAGAAAAAGAGAAACAAAUUGCAGAAGAGAAAAAACAAGUUAUAGAAGAGAAAAAAGAAAAACAACCUGAAGAACCAAUAAAAAUUGAAGAAGUUGCUAAUGUAGAAGAGAAGAAAGACAAGAAGAAGAAGGAAAAGAAGCCCAAGAAGGAAGCCUCAGAGAAACCUGUACAGGAAGAGAUUAAAAUUAAACAAGAGGAAGUAAAAAAAGAAGUGAAGAAUGAAAUUAAAGAAGUACCUGCUCCCAAACCAGCAGCCCCACCAAAAGUUGAAGAACCUGUCAACAAGGUUGCUGCUGCUCCUCAAGAAACUGCUCCUGUCUUUGAUGAACUUGGAGACACAUGGACAGAAUCAAAGGCAACUAAGAAGACCAGCAAGAAAAAAGCCCGUAGAGACAACUAA